AUGUGUAACACGGUGUGGUUCUUUUCGGAAUCGCAAUGCGCGGGCGUCGCGACGGGGAUCGAGCUCCCGGACGGCCCGCAGCACGCGAGUCCGCGCAACUACAGCUACGGGUUCACCGUGAAAAGGAACGUUCGUGGUCCGCUAGCGUCAGUGGCUUCCGUCGGCUGCUCCUACAGUAAAACCCCCCAAAUGGAUCAGGCACUUGUCGUUAUCACCAUAUUAUUUAUCUCGGCCGGAAAGGCCACCGUAGCAGCAAGCUUCGAUCCAGCAACUCAAAUCACUCUGUACAACCAGCCGCGCUUCUUCAACUCUCCAGUCACGCUCAGCGAGUUCAUCGUCCGACCAGACCCGCAGGUCGCGUGCUACAAUCUCCCCUCCGCCUUCUCCAAAACCAUAGGCUCCGCAAAAAUCGCGUGGAGCACGAGGACUGCGAGCGCGACACGUGUCAGCUGCAGCACUGUAUGGUUCUUUCCUGGGUUGAAAUGCGCGGGGACACCCAAGGGAGUGCCGCGGCCUGCGACUGUAUCAAACGCGUCUUCUUCUUUGAGCUUCAUAAGCGUACUAGCCGAGCCAGUGAGGUCAGCAGCCUCCUUCGCAUGCUCCUAUGACAGGAACCCUUGUGCAGUUAUCUCAUGCCCUGCCAAUACCACAUGCACUUCCUAUGGCAACACAGCACACGCAUGCCCGUGCAGCCCUGGGUUCACUCGAGUCAACGGCAACUGCGUUGACAAGUGCACGGCCAGGAAUUGCCCGGCAAACUCCUCCUGCUAUCUCCGUGGGGGUGCAGCAGAGUGCGUGUGCAAGCGCGGGUUCGUUCAGCAAUCCAACGGCUCCUGUGCGCCGCAGCCCGACCAUGAUGAGUGGCUGGGAUCGCAGAACGAGGCCAGAGCGUCCGUUGGGUCACCGUUGCUCGUUUGGAAUGACACCUUGGCAGCAGCAGCACGGGCAUGGGGGACCAAGCUAACGUCCACAUCCUGUUACAACACCUCCCUGGAGAAAGGAGUUCCCUAUGGUCAGAACACUCUGGCUGCAUACGGGUUUGCUCCACGAGACACCGUCAACGUGUGGAUGUCCGGAAGGCUGAGCUACACUCGUGCUGAGUUCCCUAAUGGCUGCAAGAACGGGCAACUUCGGAACUGCAUACACUUCCUCAGGGCGGUGUGGAACACGACCAAGAGUGUGGGCUGCGCUGCAGUGCCCUGUACGGAGGAAUGGAGCACCUACAUCUGCAACUACUACCCAAUGGGAGGCAUCGCAGGAACUUGCCCUUACUGA